AUGCCGCCCUCGCAAUGUCCGACUGACCGCGCCGGCGAUGCGCUCUCGCCGACGUGUUCGGUUCGCUGCUCGGCUCGGUAUGGUUCGGUUCGGUUCGGUUCGGUUCGCGCCGAUUCGCCGGGUUCCGAGUGCGGUUCGUUCGUUCGUUGGGCGCGCGUGCGGCGUGCGGCCGCGGCUGUUCGCGCGCUACUGCCGCGGCCCGCGCGCGCCCACCCAACUCCCUCGCCCACAGCCGGCGGCGCGCGUAUUUAUAGAGCGGCCACUCCGCCGCUACUCCGGAAAUAUUUCGCGUACAUUUCGCACAGCGCUGGCCGAGACGCGGACGGAGAUCCGUGGCGAGACCCGGCGGCCCGCAGCUCGGAUCUUUGGACAGGAAGGGGCAUUCAACGUCUGCCUCCCACGUACGUGAGAGUCGCGUCGCCGGCGCGGAUUGAUUUUGCCCACGAUAACCGCUCAAUCAUAUUCCUACGCUCAUCAGUGGUGGGACAGAGCGCGGUGGGGCAGUGGCGGGAAGGCGGACCGUGCAAGUCUCUAAAACCAACUCGGCUACCAUUCAGGGCGUUCUGUCGCUGCGCGAUCUUCUGCAUCGCGGUAAAGUCGACAACCCUAGCGAGGUACCGGCGCGCUGGAGGCUCUAGUCGCACAUGCGGUGGCGCGGCGCCGACUGACGCGACAUUGACCGUCGCCCGGCGAAUAAUAAAACAGACCGACGCCUGGCGGCAAGCCAGGGCCCUUCCCAUCGUCGCAAACGGCCCUCCCGCGAACCAACGCCGUGCCGGUGUUUUACGGUGGAAAGUGAAACGCGCACGCGAGCUGCAAUGGAAACGACGCAGCGGUGCAACGACACCGGUGCGCGAUCGAUGCGUUUCAAUUUCGCCACCCCGAAAACGCUUACACGAAGUGGGCGCGAAGACGGGAAAAAAAGGCGCGAACGCGGAAAACGCGCCACGAUUCGGAGGAUUUGAAAAAAGAACGGCGUCGCCAUGCGGCGCAAUUCAGAUAGCGUAUCUGUGGACGCGACGUUUGGCGCCGCCGACGGGAGUACCGGAUAUCGUCCGGAAAUGGCGGGCAUUCCGCGCGACGCCGUACGCGACCGCAGACCGCGCCGAAAAAAGUAUAACGCCCUCUUUUUCUCGACGGCGUGCAUCGCUCCCUUUAGGCGGGUCCCGUGGUGCCUUUGAACUUUGCACGACGGCGAACGGGGCGCGAGCUAUGCCUCUGCUCCGAGUUUACCCGUCACUCGACGAGAGGAUCGAC